CAUACAUAGAUUGUUUGUUGUUGUUUUGUUGUUUCCCAGUCCAACGGCUAUCCGGGAAAGAUGUCACCCAAAUACACGCAUGCCAUAGUAGCCAGAAUCUCAAAUGCUUUGCUCGAGAAUGGAAGCUUUGAUGUCCAAUUGGCGAAGCAACAACACGAACAGUAUUGUGCCCUGCUUCGCGAGAUUGGUCUAGAUGUGAUUGAACUGCCUCCAGAUGAUGCUUUACCGGAGGGAGUUUUUGUCGAGAAUAGCGCCGUUAUCUGCAAUGGAGUGGCCCUAAUCGGUCGAUCCGAAAAUGCCAAGCGUCGGCGCGAGGCGGAAAGUAUGGCUAUUAUAUUGAAGAAGGAACUGGAUAUACCAGUCAUUGAAAUCGAAGAACCGCAUGCCCAAUUGGAUGGCGGUGAUGUCCUAUUUACGGGGCGUGAAUUUUUUAUUGGCAUUUCAUCAUUCACCAACGAAGAGGGAGCCCGUGCGGUGGCAAUGGCCUAUCCCGAAUAUCCUGUAACACCAAUACGUGUCAAUGGCUCAAAACGCUUGAAAUACUACGUUACAAUGGCAGGACCGGAUGUAUUAUGUGUUAGCACAAGUGCCAUUUGUCAGGAGAUAGUGAAACGUAUGGAACGUGAGGCUAGUUUCACCUAUCAAAAGUUAACAUUGCCCGAGGAGAGGGCAGCCAAUAUGUUGUAUAUAAAUGGUACAAUUGUCCAUAGAUCACCGACGGAAAUACCAGAUGCAUAUAAGACUUUGAAAGAGAAAAUCGACAUUCCAACACGUAAUAUAGAUAUAAGCGAAUUUAGUCAAUAUUCAAGUGGAUUGACUUCAUCAUGUCUCUUGCUACGUCGCUGGAAAUCUAUACGCAGCAUUUAAGCAAGCUUGGCCAUAUAUAUAUAUUACAUACAAUACAUAUUCCAGAAUUCUCAAAUAGAUGGAUAGAUGAUGAAUCACGCACAAAUCAGUCAACAUCAACAUUUCCAGGCAUUGGCAAUAUAAGUAUGCGCAAUUAUCCUUGACACUAAUAUAUACCUAAUAUUGUAUAUCGUAUUACUACUACUUACUUCUCAUUGUUAUUGUUAAAGAAACUUAGGCUUAGACAUAGAUGUCCAAAAUCUCUAUUCCACACUCUAUAUCUCCUCCAUAAUCUCUCUUCCCUUCCUGUUCGUAUUCGUACAGUUUUGUUGUAAUUUUUCUCUUUUCUUUU